CGAUCUGAUGAGGGUCCUUCGGACUGGUCUACUUUUGAUCGAACUCGGAUUCAAACUGCCUUCGCCUUGCCGGCGGGGACCGGCAGAGCUCCUUUGGUCGAGGAGUCUAAAGACGAGGCCGAACACUCCCAGGAGAUGGUAGCGACUCCUUCUGUUCAGACCCAGUCUUCAGAUCGACGAACUAGACAACUUGUGAGGAGAUCGUCGUUUCGAACUUCUGGGUUUGCAUCGAGGGACCGAGCUUCCGGAAAAUCUCCCUUGAUCUCGAUUCAUGAUUCCGAUGAAGAAGAUGUUCCACGAGAGACUCUACCUUCUGUCUCGUUGAGUCCUGGCUCAGAAGACGAGACCGUGGAGGCGACUCCUAAGCGACGACGGUCAUCGGAAGGUGCCUUGCCCGGUCCAUCUCGUCAUAGGUUUGUUUCUGAGGGAGAUGGUUCUUCGUUUGCGGCCCAAAGCGACUUAAUAUCCCUCGCUGGUCGCAUGAGGUCCGUGGGUUGUCGUCUCCCAUCUCUCGCUUCCUUAGUCGAGAAGGAAGCGUACGCCAAGGUUGCUGUGGCGAGCUCUAAGGUGAUGGAAGCUUUUAAUGAGUAUGUCGUGACGAUGGAGGAUCAUGUCGUGGCUUCUCGGAACGACAAGGAAAUCGAGAGUAUUGGUUUUGAGAUCAAGAGGCUUUCGAAGGAGCUCGAAGUCACCAAGCGAGAAGGGAAGAAGGAUGCCGAAAAGAUCGAAGCUUUGACUGAAGACUGGAGGAGAGUUCAUCGCAAGAAUUGCGGCGCUCGAGGUCGAGAGAAAUCGGAACAUUCGCUGCGCUUCUCGUAUUGCUCGUCGCGAUAUUGCGGCAAAGUAUCGGGAAGUUCUUGAGUCUUUGAAUGAUAGGUGGGCGAGCAAGAAGAAGGAAGUGUCUGUUGAGAUCUGGCUACAAGAAGUGACCGCCAACAUCGAUCUCCUGAACGAGCUCAAGGAUGGGGGCCUGACUGUGGAUGUGGAGCUUGCACGAUUAAAGGGAAUGGAAGGAGACUGCGAGGAUCUUGUCGCCCUAGCCGCCGUGCCGGAUUGGUCGAUCUCCAAGCUCGAUCUUCCUCAAGUCUCAGAUGAUUCGGUGGAUCAAGUCGGGGGGUCGUCUGUCCCCAAUGAUUCUGUUUCUAGUUAGUUUUUUUUGUUUAAUAUAUUUUUGUUUUUGACGAUCUUUGAUCUUGAUAUCUUGGAUAUCUUUUAAUGGAUAAGCAUAAUAUUUUGGAAUAUCCCUGUUUCCUUAGCUUUCAAGAUUCUUUUUGUUCGGGUUGUUGAGAUAUAGCGAGGUUCCGAUCCCUAUAAACCUCUGGCUUUGUUCUAGGAUUCUUCAUAGUAUCUCAUUUAGUUUCGUUUUUGUUCGCUAAAGGAAUAUGACUUCGAGAAGAUCGAACUCUCACGAUUCCGAUAGGGUACGAACUCGACCUGGUAGACAAAACGGAGAUGUGAGUGAUGUGCUCACAGAAGUUUUUCGUGAGGAGACCCAACUUCUGUGGCCUUCAACCCAAGGGGCCAAAGACCCCGAGGGUGAAAAAUCUGUUGCUCGCAUUAAGUCGAGUAGCCCAACGGGUUUGGAGGGGCGUGAUCGUCCUCCGAAAAAGGCUAAAACGAAUGCUUCGGAUCGUCGUCUUGGUGUCUCGGGCGAAGCGGCUGUUGCUAAGCCGUUCCACUGGCAGUUCUCGCAUUCCAAGGAUUGUCCUAUUACGGAAGAUCAGAAUAGUGUUGCUCAUUUGGUGAGGCACUUCAAACCUGCUGGAUGUCCGCUUCCCUCUCUGCGUAAUAUGACGGAGUGCGAGGCUUACGUAAAGAUGGCUGUGGCUCAUGCCAAGGUCGUUCCUUUUGAAAUUUGGUCCUUGUCGAAUCUUUGGUUCGUUUUGUCUGUACUGAUUUGUCAUGUUUCAGGCUAUGGAGGCUAACAACGAGUUUGCGGCGACUUUAGAAAAACGCCUGCAAGAUGUUUCGCGUUCUGACGAACUUUAUGAAAUAAAGAAGGUCGUUCGUGAGCUAAAUCUCGGUCUAAAGAUGGCUCAAGACCGGGAGCGUGCCAAUGCUGCUCAACUAGCUGCCGCUAAAAAGCUAGGGAAUCAGGCUGCUUCGCUCGAAGCUCGUCUGCGAGUUGUGAGCAACGAAAGGAAGUCGGCCCUCGAGCAAGUUUCCUUUUUGGAAGCGAAGGUUGAAUCUUCUGCCAAUAAGUUUUCUGACGACCUUCGCCGCGCGACUCAUGAGGCCAAAAAGACUAUGGUGGAUAGCUAUCUGGAUGUGCUAGUCUCUCUGAAGGAGAAAUGGGAAAAGAAGAAGGCUGCAACUGAUUGUGACGCUCGUCUUCGGGAAGUCAUGGCAAAUAUAGAUCUCUUGAAGGAGAUCAUGAACAACAAUCUCCUAGCUUCGGAUGAGUUGUUGCGGCUUCGAGCGAAGGAGAUCGAGCUUGGGUCUGAGGUCGAUGUGAUGGCAACUUCGGAUUUCUCCGUUGGGAAGCUCGACCUGCCUCAGAUUUCAGAGGAUCUGCCGGAGGAUUUCUUCGAUAAGGUCCCUUCUGCGGCGGAUGACGUGGCGAAGUGCUCGGGUGAUCGCUUUGAGGAUGGUGAAUUCAGCAUCGAAGAGUAGCUUUAGGGACUUUCUUUGUUUUUUCCUCUGCCUUUUGUUGCUUUAUUAUUUUUUAUUUAAUAAAGAAGGGAUCGUGGGUCCCGAUUUAUUUGUUACCAUUUUUAUGUUUUAUGUGGGGCCGAUCUUUUGGGGCCAUGUGUCGAUUUGUUGUAGAUACUUUUAUCGACUGUUUCGAUGUAACAAAAGAUUUUGUUAGCUAGUUUUGUCGCGCUUGUUGGCGGAGUUGGCCGCAACCGAGGACUUGAUCAGGGUCCUGGUUUUGGUCAACUAUCGCAGUUAUGCGAUUUUCUGACUCGAGAAGUCUGGUGUGUUCGAAUGUCUGAGAACUGUAUUUAUUAGGAUGUCGGAUUCUGUUUCGUUACAUAUUUGUGAAAAGAAGGCCGUUUUUGAUAUUGUUGUGCCGUUGUUCUUCGGGUGUUGCGAUAUGCCCACUUUGAGUUCUGUAGGUGGAAGGUGACUGGACUCGUGUCGUGAGUUGCCUACGUACCGUCGUCGAGGGAUCAAGUCAUAACGUAGUUCGAUUAUUUUCCCAGGAUAGGGUCUGUUGUUCAAUUGUUCGUGUACGUAGGUACGUCUGUAGUUAAUUUUGGCUGCCUGAUUAAGGGUGUUGCUCGAUGUCCUUAAAGCUCGCGAGGUAGCAUGUCCUGGAGUUCUUCUGGCUUCCUCUGAUAGUUUCGACUCCUUUCGAGGUUGGAAAUUUCAGGCAUUGGUGAUAUGUCGAGGGGGCUGCCUUUAUGCUGGAUAGCCAAGGUCUCCCAAGGAUUGCGUUGAAUGGGGCUGGACGGUCUAUCACGAUGAAUUCUACGAUUUUUCUGAUUUCUCCAGCGGUUACCGCGAGCUCGAUCGAUCUGAGAGAAUAGGUGGUCUCUCCUGCGAAGCCGAUGAGGGGAGUUCGCUCUUGCUUUAGGAGUGCUUUAGUGAAUCCCAUUUUUUAAACGCCUCGUAGAAGAGGACAUCGGCCGAGCUUCCGGUGUCGAUCAUUACUCGGGAUAGUUCGCAGCCACCGACGUCGAUUCGUAUGACGAGAGCAUCGUCGUGUGGUUUAUCGAGGUAUGCGGUUUCGUUUUCGUUGAAGGUGAUUUCGUGAUCGGGACCCGACAGGGGCUCUCUAAUUCCUAUGUUGUUUUCUGCUCUCCGUUGGUAUGCUUUGAUUGAGUUGACCGAAUUGCAGAAUUUAUAGCCUCCGUAAAUGAAGUCGAUCCGUUUUUUGUGCACUUUGUGGGCUGGGAAAUUCCACCUUUUAGUAAGUGCUGGUCGGUAGUGUAUCUGCCCCCCAGAUAGAUUGCGAUUGAGGGUCUGCAUUCUGUCCUUUUUUUGAGUCGGUUUCUCCAGCACUCGCAAAUCUUGGUCAUUUCGUUCUUUCGCUUGAAGUUAGAGAUUUUUACGUAAGGAGGCUUUGUGUUUGGGUUGUAUGGAGUGACACGGAUUUUCCAAUGUGCGGAUCGCUACCGAGAUCUCAAAGAGGAUUUUUCCUUAGGUUUGGCUCUUGACUUCGUCGGUUGUGUUGCUGUUCUGCCCCCAUGAAAUCAUGUCGACUCUUUUCUUCGGGGCUGGGGGUGGAGAGCUCAGUGAUUCCUACUCGAUCUCCCUGCCUCUUUUGUUUGUUGGGACUUUGGCCUUUCGGUUGGAUUUCGGAGUCACUGGAUCUUCUUCUUCUUCUCCGGCUUCUUCGUUAGUUUUCUUAUUUUCGUUUUGAUUGCGAAGUGUGGCUCGACAUUCUUCGGUUGAGUGGCCCUUGCGAUCAUGGAAAGCGCAGUAUUUGCUAAGGUCGUAUGUUGAAGACUUUUGCGGCGAAUUAUUUAUUGCGUAGGAAUGUUGCCCUUUGGUGGUCGGUUCUUUAGGAGUAGCAGGUUUUUUUUGGUUGUGCUGUUCUUGUUCGCUCUAUACUGUUCUUUCAAGGCUGCGACCUCCUCCUCGUAGGUGACAAAAUAAGAGGCUCGGUGUAGGGCGUCGUCCAACGAGAUAGGUGCUCGUACCGCCAGUUCUUCCCUGAAUUUGGAUGAGAACCAGAAGCCAUUCUUUAACGCCGCGAGGGCAAUGACUUCGUUCGGAUGUGAGAUCUUGGCCUUGCUUUCUCGGAAUUUGUUUAUGUAUGCUCUUAAUGGCUCGAAAGGCGCUUGUUUGAGAUUCCAGAGACCUGCUUCGGUAACUCUUGUCUCUAUGAAGACUUAGUACUGUUUGAGGAACGUAGAUACCAACUGGGUGAAAUUGUCGAUUGAAUUUUCUUCUAAUCCUGCGAACCACUCGAGGGCGGCCCCGGUGAGGUUCUCGGCGAAGAAUCGGCAAUAACCUGCUUCUUUUUUGUUGUCGGUGAGGUGUGCUCUUGAUAUUGCUAAACGGAAGGCUCGUACAUGGGCCUUCGGUCGGAGUUUCCGGCGUAUUCGGAGAAUUUCAGUUUCCCGACGUGAUGGAGCCUUACGCCGACGAUUCUGUUUGUGAAUGGGGUUAUCUGGAGCAGAACUCGUCGCCAUGUGCACGAUCGCAUGUAUCGGGAGCAGAACUCGUUCCUUUCAAUAUAAUUCUGGAAGGUUCCAGUUUCGCACGGGACCGCGAAGGUCGUGUCUCCGAGCUUGUUCCGUUGGGUUAUCGAACCCCGCUUGAUGGAAGGUCCUCGUCGCGGAUGGAGUUCGAUUCUUGGGGAUAGAAUGGUUUGGUGGUGAGAUUUGUGUCCUUGGCUCCCCCUGCCUCUCCAUCGAUCCGUUCUGGAAUUAGAUCGGAGUGCUUCGUGGGCGUUGGAGUCCAGUGUCGAUUUCGUCCAAUCCACUGUAGCUUAAGCUUCGGUGGGUCAUGCCCUGCGGCAGGGGUCGUUGUGAAUUUUCUCCCGUGUAGCGUCCAGAUCAAGCGCUUGGGAUCUUUGGAGUGCCGAACAGUCCGGUGCUUUGGGGGUUGGACGUCGCCCUUAACGGAUCGAGGGGCGUUUGAUUUCUUUCCCAAAUGUUUGCAGUUCGAUGCUCUGCGAGUUCCCUUUCUGCUUGGUCCAGUCUAUUAGCAAUGGCUUGGUUUGCGAUCAUUUGACUACGAAUCUCACCGAUUAGAGUUGUCAUCAUUCCUUGGAGUUCGGUUAGUUCUCCUCGGGUUUAGGCUAGAGGAGUCGGUGAAAUCGGACUGGAUUGGGAUCGGGUUAGGUCGUCGGAGGAUGAUCUAUCUCCGGGGUGGUUCCAAACUCGAGCUCCAGCUCGUUCCGGGAUCGACGUCUGGUUGAUCGGAAGAGAUCAAUCUUGACUCGAAGUCCCGAUUGGAGGGAUUCGUUGUGUUGGAGCUGUUUCGGUCGCAUCAUUGGCUCUCGUUAACCCAGUUUGGGUCACUCCGGCUCCCGAGUCGGGUCCGAUAGGAUCGAUAUCGUUGACUCCCGAAGGCGUGGUUCCGGUGGUUUGGUUGGGAUCCAUAGUCGCGCUUAGGAAACUUAGAUCGGUUUCUUUGCAAAGAUGUUUUCGUUUAUCUUCCCCACAGUCGGCGCCAAAAUGUAGAACCUAAAAUCUACACAAAGUUUUUGAUAGUGAUCUGGGUUUGAUCUAGGGAAGACAAAUGAUGUAGGCAACGAUAUCUUUAGAACACAACGAUGUUGAAUAGUUUCCAGUAGGUGAAAAUGGAUUGAACUAGAUUGAGUGAUACAAAUGAGAUCGGUAAAGAAAGAAUCUAAAAGUGGGAAGACAACAAGAUCGGUGUAAGUGUAUAGCUCUCUCUAGGGUUUUCAACGUGUCCUCUUCUGUUUCCAUUGUUCUUCCUUUAUAGUAAGCUGACUUCGAGACCUCUGUGGUAGCUCCGCUAUCUCAGCUUCUUGUUGCACGAUCUCCACGACCUCGGUGACUCCUUCUCGAGUUCGUAUCCUUGCUACGGGCUCCGGCCCUUUAAGGCCCAUGCCUUUGACCGCAGCCCAUUAUGGUAUUGACCAAAAUUGGGUCCAACAGUCAUGUUUGGAAAAUUUUGUCGAAGGAAUAAUAAAUUUUUUCGGCGAUGAGUACCUAAGAAGACAAACAACGGCUGAUCUUCAACGUCUCCUUGAUAUUGGAGAGCAUCAUGGAUUUCCCGGGAUGAUUGGAAGCAUCGACUGUAUGCAUUGGGAGUGGAAAAAUUGUUCUACCGCUUGGAAAUGUCAAUAUUCACGUGGUUCGGGAAAACCCACGAUCGUUUUAGAGGCGGUUGCUUCGUAUGAUCUAUGGAUAUGACAUGCGUUUUUCGGACCUCCAGGUACCUUAAAUGAUAUCAAUGUUCUUGAUCGCUCACCUGUUUUCGAUGACAUAAUAAAAGGUCAAGCUCCGCAAGUCACUUACUCUGUCAAUGGAAGAGAGUAUCAUUUGGUUUACUAUCUCACCGAUGGUAUUUAUCCGAAAUGGACAACUUUUAUCCAAUCUAUUCCAAUUCCACUAGGACCGAAAGCAGUUUUAGUUGCUCAACAUCAAGAAGCUGUCCGAAAAGAUGUCGAGCGUGCUUUUGGAGUCUUGCAAGCUCGCUUUGCCAUUGUUAAAAAUCCAGCACUUUUUGGGAUAAAGUUAAAAUUGGGAAGAUUAUGAGAGCAUGUAUGAUACUCCAUAAUAUAAUAGUAGAAGACGAACGAGAUGGACACACUCAAUAUGAUGUUUCAGAGUUCCAACAAGAACACAACGGCAGUUCACAUGUUGAUCUCACGUAUUCUACAGAUACCCCUACAAAUAUCGCCAAUAUGAUGGGUGUUCGAACUAUAAUUCAUGAUAGACAAAUGCAUCAACAACUUAAAGCUGAUUUGGUUGAACAUAUAUGGCGUAAAUUCGGACGUGAUGAGGACAACAACUGAGCUCGGAUGCUUCUUUGAAAUUAUUCUCGUUUAUUUUACUAAUCUUUGUUUUAAUGUUUUUUUUUUAAAUCUAUGUUUAAAAUAUUUUUUUGUAAUAUGUUUUAUUUAAUAAAUAAUUUUUUAUCUUAAAUAAAAUUUAUCUUUAAUAUUAUUUUUUCUUAAGAACCCCAAAUUAAGAACCUACCAUUGGAGCAGUUAAAACGAAGAGGUUCUUAACAAAAGUUCUUAAGCUAAAUAUUAAAAUGAAUUAAGAACCCAUUAGGGGUUCUAUGGUUAAUCUUCCUCUAACAUUCAGAAACCGAGAUGACUUAACUCUAUAAUAUACUAGUGUUAGCACGGAAAAAAAUAUGUUAUAUUUUUUAAUUAAUGUAUUAUAAAUGUAAAUUUAAAUAAAUUAAUAAUUUUUAAAUAUAUUAUAAUUAUGGAUAAUAUUGAAGUAAAUCAGUUGAAACUAUUUUACAGAAUAUCUAAAAUUGUUUUUAAAAUAGAUACGCUGAUAUCUUUAAUCUCAACUAGGAUUUAGAGGUUUUUUGACCUUGUGUUAAUCUAUAUCUUACAAUACUAAAAGAGUUUAAUCUUCGAAUUCUAGUUAUGUCACGUCAGUUUAAAUAAUAAGCCAAUCACUGAGUGCCAGCUCAUAUUCUUAUGUAACUAAUCUCCUAAAUAUUUUCAUCUUCAUUUCCUUCGUUCUUGGACAAAAAUCUCAUAUUAAAUGGUCAAAAAGAAAUCUACAGCAUCCUAAAAAAAAAAAAAAACUUUAUAGCCUCAUACAAGUUGAUUUACUUAUUUAGCCUUAAUGAAAUGAA